GUUCUUUUGCCAAACUGCUGUCAGCAAAGCCUGUGAGAGUCAGAAAAGCCAGACAGCCUGAUGAAGAGUGUCCAGAGUCAUCUGCCUUUACGUUCCGGUUUAACAAGUGGUCCAUAUCCUCUGGCUGGUGUUCCCCCUGUAGUGUGGAGGGGGAUGGAGCGUGGCGGAGGAGAAAGCCCUCGUUUACGGGAGAGCCCCGAGCGACGUGGGAGCAGCAGUCCUGAUAUUGGUGGCCCCCCCACAAAGAUGGGCCGUCUGGAACUCAACGGCAGUCCCACAGGUCACCGCGGUCGCCACAAUGGGGCCCAACAGAGACCUCUCAGCGGUCUGAUGAUUCCAGUCUUCUGUGUGGUGGAGCAGGUGGAUGGAGGGAUGAUAUCAGAUGGAGAGAGCCGGGAGGAACAUGCCGAGUUUGUGCUGGUCAGGAAAGACAUCCUUUUCACUCAGUUGGUUGAGACUGCACUUCUUGCUCUUGGCUACUCCCACAGUUCAGCAGCCCAGGCACAUGGCAUCAUUAAGGUGGGCCGCUGGAACCCCCUACCCAUCCAUUACCUGACAGAUGCUCCAGAGGCGACGGUUGCUGAUAUGUUGCUGGACGUUUACCACAUGGUCACACUACGCAUCCAGCUACAGAGCUUUGCUAAACUGGAGGACCUUCCAUCCGAGCAGUGGAAUCACGCUACGGUACGCAACGCCCUCAAAGAACUGCUCAAAGAGAUGAACCAGAGUACACUGGCCAAAGAAUGUCCACUUUCCCAGAGUAUGAUCUCCUCGAUAGUGAAUAGCUCCUACUAUGCUAACGUCUCAACUGCCAAAUGCCAAGAGUUUGGUCGCUGGUACAAGAAGUACAAAAAAAUUAAAGGGGAUUAUAUGUGGCAAGGACGGGAGAGCUCGGAAAUCAAGGUCGAAAGGGACAGUCUCACUGACUUCUGUGUAUUAGCCCAGCGUCCACCUCCUCACCUGGCUGGUCUGGCGCAGCUCGGUCCGUUGAACAGUGCUGGCUCUCUGGUGAAAAGCAGCUCUGGAGAACCUCAGAAUUCAUCCCAGUCUCAGCCUCCAUCCCAAGGGCAGCCGCAAGCUCCAUCAUCUCACGGGCAGCUCCAUCACAGUCCUCCGCUACGGGCUCAGGUGCCUCCUCCGCCUCCGCCUGCUGCCCUGCAACCUCUUUUGGCACCCGGAGGACUCCUCUCACCCCAGCUCAGUCCACAGCUGGUGAGGCAGCAGUUAGCCAUGGCUCAUCUUAUCAACCAGCAGCUGGCCGUCAGCCGCCUUCUGCAUCAGCACCCGCAGGCUCUUAACCAGCAGUUUCUCAAUCACCCACCUAUCCCACGGCCUAGCAAAUCCGGUGGGCCUGGAGAGCCCGGGUCCAACCCCUCGGCUGCAGAAGUCUCCUCUGAUAUCUACCAGCAGGUGCGAGAUGAGCUGAAAAGAGCAAGUGUCUCACAGGCAGUGUUCGCUCGAGUUGCCUUCAACCGUACACAGGGCCUGUUGUCAGAGAUCUUGCGAAAAGAGGAGGACCCACGCUCAGCCUCUCAGUCUUUGCUAGUAAACCUCAAAGCGAUGCAGAACUUCCUGAACUUACCUGAGAGUGAAAGGGAUCGAAUUUACCAGGAAGAGCGAGAGCGCAGCAUGAACCCCCCUGUGAGUCUGCCCCCAAGCACAAACCCCAGCCCCGGUGGCGCCCGCCUUUCACAGUCCAAAACUUCUGGUCCUAACCCUGACCUUCCCCUAAAACUGGAGCCGCUGGUUAACAUCACCUCAGCUAUUUAUGACGAAAUCCAGCAGGAGAUGAAACGGGCAAAAGUGUCUCAGGCACUUUUCGCCAAGGUUGCAGCCAACAAGAGCCAAGGAUGGCUGUGUGAGCUGCUUCGCUGGAAAGAGAGUCCCAGCCCAGAGAACAGGACUCUCUGGGAGAACCUGUGUACUAUCCGGAGGUUUCUGAGCCUUCCCCAGGCGGACAGGGAUCUGGUGUACGAGGAAGAGUCCCGCCAUCACCACAGUGAACGACUCCACACUGUACUACACUUGCCCACUGACCCUCAGGCACUGCACAGACAGCCCAUGCAGCCACUGAAGGACCACUCUCCCAUCCGAGAGGAACCUGUUCCCAGUUCUGGAGCCGAAGAGAACCACCAGGCUAAUGCAGGUUCGGGCAACAGCGGAGGGGUUAGCAGCGUCACAAAAAAGCCUCGCUCCCGCACCAAGAUCUCUCUGGAGGCUCUAGGCAUCUUACAGAGCUUUAUCCAAGAUGUGGGCCUUUACCCUGACCAGGAGGCAAUCCACACCCUUUCAGCCCAGUUAGAUCUGCCCAAACACACCAUCGUUAAGUUCUUCCAGAACCAGCGUUAUCACGUGAAGCAUCACGGCCGGCUGAAGGAGCUCGGUUCCGAGGGCGGCGGUGUCGACGUAGCCGAAUAUCGCGACGAGGAGCUGCUCUCCAGUUCAGAGGAUGCGGAAUCCAGUGAAGAUGGCCACGAGGAGAUCUACAGUGGGCAUGAAAGCGCACCAGCCGGAGCAGCCAACUCUGUCUCAACUCCAGUUGUUUCUUCAGGCCAGGAUGAGAAUAAAGACAAAGGUCUGCCUCUGGGAUCAGCCAGACCCAGCUCCCUGCCCCCGUGCAGUUCAUCCCCAAGUCCCCGAGAUCAAGCAGAAUAUCAGAGAUAAAACAGUCUCAAAAAAGACUUUACUGUAGGUGGGGAAAAGGCAAGGAGUGAGCACUUACAACUAUUCUGUAGUGGAGAGAGAGGAGGAACUUACUGACAAAGACACAGUGUCCUCUGAGGACCUGUAAAAGGCAAACCAAACCAGAUAAGAUCUGCUUUUUGCUUAAGGUGACAUGUAAAGUUUUGGUGUAGAAAAAUGAGUUGUGAUCUACUCCUGGCCUCAUACCUCACAAGUUACUCACAGGGAUGGCAUGGUACGGAAGGAAAGAAUUUGGUUUCUAGAUGUAAAUCAUCAAAUUAAGGCAAGAUAGCUGCCUCAACCCUCAAGAUGUCACAAGCAUUCAAACUCGCAUGCUAAGAAUGUCAAGAAGGCCAGUCUUACACCAAGUGUUUCAUUUCUGUUCUGAGAGCAGUGGGUCUCUCGCAAAAUACCACUAUCAAUGCCCCCUCCUUAUCUCUACAGGGUUAAACUGGCAGGGACAGUGCUUUAGAUGAGCCAUUGAUCUCCUAUAGGACACCGACAACUUCACUCCCGUCCGAUCAGGGAGCCUAGUGGGCGGCUGUGGCUGUCCUCAUCUUCCCCUCCGUGAUGGGGCAUUCUGGCGGUCGCCAACUGAGGGCCGUGCUUGACUGCUAAAGCGGUCGGUUGGGUUGGAGGUACAGAUGAGAUCUUGGGUGUACACAUCAGCCCAGCCCAGGAACCCUACUAUAAACACAUGUGGUGUGCUGAAAGGUCCACAGUUAGCCCAGUGGCGCUUUUGAAGACCACGCCAUCCUUCCCACAACCAGCCACAAGCGUCAUUCCAAGCAGUCCCACACGGUUCAAGAAAUCACUCCUUUUCCCCCACCACCCAUGCACACCCAAUACAGACUGUGCACAACAUCCCAAUCCGUCACUCCUGUCCAGUGGUUGAGAAGGUUUGCUUUAUACAGAUAUGUUUAGACCGUAGGUUUCGUUCCAGUCUUGCUCUCUCGACACUUAAAAGACUGACUGCUAUGGACAGAAGGACACUGGUUAGGGUGCAGUCUAACUGCAUCUGCCUCUGGCCUAGUGGAGAAGAGCGAAGCAUUUCCAGCAACUGUGUGGAAGUGCGGUAGUCCUUCUCGCUUCCGUCACCUCCCACAGCUUUCUCUUUUACUGACUGAUGCCCACAACGUCCUGAUUUGACCACACUUACCCACACCCAACUCCACAGCACUAUUUAUUGCUAUCUUCACCCUCAAUUAUUAUUGUUGUUAUUGUUAUUAUUGUUAUUAUGGUUGUUCUUGCUGUUAUUUUUAGUUCUAUUUUCAUGGUCUAAUAUCAGCUUUUGGCUUGCAGCAGAUGUUUUGGUAAGGAGAGACGUUGUGAAAGAAAGAAACACUGCCAAAACAGAGAGGAGCGAAUUGGAAGCAGUUACUGAAGUUACUGAGUGAAUCAUGUGAUAUGUACUGCCAAUUCUAUCAGCAUUAUGUACUUUUCCAAAGAGAACAGCACUUGGCAGAUCAGAUGUUGAAUAUAAAAAACAAUAGAAAAAAGAGGAAUCAUUGGAAUUUAUAUGAUCUUUUUUUGUGCAUACGAUGACAAUCCUUCUUUUGAGCCAAUCAGAACUCAGCAAGCAUGAACUCUGCAUUCUGAUUGAAACUUUGAUCAGCGUAACUUGAGGCAACAUGGCCACCUGUUGCAAAUCAUCCAUGACACCGUGGCAACACUUGGAUCCAGGGUUCUGAUUUGUUUUUUCAAGAAUCAGCUGCUACUUGCUCUUUCACAGAUAAUAGACAAAAUAUUGUUGUUAACCUUAUGCUAACCCUUAAACUAUUUUUGUUUCAAACGAGUGAUAAUUGUGGUCUAUGUCCAUGUUUUGUCUAUUACAAAUGGAAAUGUUUUAUUUAGAAUCUUUAAUGUGCAAAACGCUGAUGUGGUUCUCGCAAUUACUUUUAGCAUCCAUACCAUCUUUCACAUAGGCACAACGUCCACACCUGCACACGCCUAUGACUAAUGCAUUCCAGCAGAAUGUUAGUUAGAAAUGGGGACACAUUUUUCUCAGAAGAUAUAGAUGGCAUUCCAAUCACAAGGAUGAACAUUAUUUAGAUGUCAUUGAUUAUUUGUACCUGGUUACGAUUUCAUUGUGGUCAUGCUGCAUUUCUCACAAAUAUUCAAUUAAAGACCAGACUAAGGCAUCAAGGACUAAAGCUCUCCUAGUAGUAUACCUAGUACCCGCUGACACUCAGUCAGCCUUAGCUUCUCAGCUGCUCGCCUCUCCAGAGAGAUUGAAUUCUUCCAACCUUUUUCUGUCCAAUUCACCCAUCUGCAUCAUCACCUCAUUUCAGUUUCACCCUUGCUGUUUGCUUGAUUGCUCCCUGGUCUGCAUUUACCCAAAUCGGAACUUUAUGGUCAAUCAUAGGUGAUUUUACAGACCCUGUCCCCUAAAAACAACCUUAAAAACUUAAAGACAACAGUCUACAGUCUCUUUUAAUGGUCAUUAAAAACCUUCACGGUUAGUUACAUUUAUGUAUCAUCUUUCCGUCUAAGUGGUCAAAAACAUUCGCUUUGUAUUUUAAAUGGAACAAAAGUUGCUUAUCAUACAUUGGAAAGAGCUACUGAAUGACAAAAUACUUUGAAAUCUUGGAUACCUGCAGGUUUUGCAAAAGGUCUUUAAUAACACGGUAGUGAUUGCCUGCUUGAUCUACACCUCACUUAAGCCUGUCAAUCAUCCGUCACUUUUGGAGGCCCGCACCGCCCCUUUCGUUACACUCCGAGCAUCUUCUCCAAAUCCCGCCACCCUGCCGAGUCUAGAUCAGCUGGAGACAAGCACUUCUGAUGAGUCCGUCCCUAUACACCUCCCAAAUUACCCUCAUAAAUGAUGAAAGCAUGUGCACGCAUGUGUCUGUGUGUCCUAGACUGGUGUUUAACCUACCGUGGGGGUGGCUUACCACUCAGCGGGAGCGAACAACCACGCACUUCUUCUCCUCCAUCACCUCCUCCUCUCCGUCUUUGUCGGAGUUAGUGGCGAGAGUGACGCCGAGGAGAAACAAAGAAGAUUCCAAGAGUCCCUGAUGAGCACUAGGUCAAGGUCACUGCCCAAUUAUCCAUGUCUUUCAUUUUCAUUCUGUCUUUUCAGUUCUCUCUGUGCCAUCCUCUCCAUUCCCUCAUUUUCUCAUUCACUAGGCGGGAAAGUAAUCGUUGUCUCCCAUGCUGUGGAGUCGAGGUUAAGUGGAGGUGAUCGUGUCUCCUUGUGGAGAGGCUAGUUCCUUGAGAGGCAGCAGACACCUGGAGAGACAUGUCUGAGAAGUGUUGCGGUUAAGACAAAGGCUUGGUUUGACUUUUAGUUUAGUCAUUUGUUUGGUAUCUGGUCAUCUACAAAGCCACUGUAACAUUAGGUUGACUUUUAAAGUUUUGAAUCGAAAAUCUGAAGGUCUCCAGGGCCACUUUCUGAUAUUUACACAUGUUAUUUAGACAGUUAGACGGACGAUCUGAACUGUAAUUUUCAAUCCCCCAUAAAUUUCUGAGGAAGGAUGUUCUUGCUCGUCUUGCUAAUGCUUUCGUUUAUCAUACAGUGCCUCUGAACUAAGCACAACGCUCCAGUUCUUUGCUUCGGAGAUGACAAAAUUAGACGAUCUCAUAAUUUCCAUCAGUUUUCAUCAUUUUUGUACUCAUAAACGCCUACAAUGUGAAUCAGGAUCGCCACUCCUGAAUUGGUACUUUCCUUGUCAAUCGAAUGCAUUGUCGUUAUCACUAAGUGAUAAUUAACUUAUGUGCAUCAUUUGGCUUCUUUGUUUGUAUGACAAUGUUUUGUUUUUUUGAUUUUGUUUUUUCAAAUGCUGUUGUUUAAAUAAAGUGCAUUCAAGGAAAUGGAAGGAUUGCAUGUGGGUUUGUUCU